UUUGCGACGUGUUGCAAGCAGGGUGUAAUCUCGGGAGGUCUCAAAGCGAGCGCAGUGAGGAACAAAUAGCGUGAAGAUUUAGAAAACGUGCAUUAAAGCUAACGGGGCUUUUGCAACAUUUCCGCAAGAAGGCAGCCCCCGUUGACUUUAGACUAUUUAAAACUCUCUAGCGACGAGAGAUAGUUCGUUUAGCUGCUCUUUUCGUAACUUGGGAAAAAGUUUAAGGCAAGGCUUGCACGGCUCGGAGUACCCACCUCAGAGCAGAAAGUCAAGUCCGGUGGUCGGUAGUUGAUUCUGCAGGAAUGUCGCAGAGAGAGAGACCCAAGUUUUACCGGCAGGACGUCAACAAGACGAUAUGGGAAGUCCCGGAAAGAUACCAAAACCUGUCCCCGGUUGGCUCUGGCGCCUACGGAACCGUGAGUUCUGCAUAUGAUAUGAGUACUGGUUUGAAGGUUGCCGUGAAGAAGCUCUCUCGGCCAUUUCAGUCCAUCAUCCAUGCCAAGAGGACGUACCGAGAGCUGCGGUUGCUUAAGCACAUGAAACAUGAAAAUGUGAUUGGCCUCCUAGAUGUCUUCUCCCCUGCUACUUCUCUGAAGGAAUUCACUGAUGUGUAUCUUGUGACUCACUUAAUGGGGGCUGAUCUCAACAACAUAGUGAAAUGUCAGAAACUCACAGAUGACCAUGUGCAGUUCCUCAUAUACCAGAUCCUCAGAGGGUUAAAGUAUAUCCACUCAGCAGACAUCAUUCAUAGAGAUUUGAAACCUAGUAAUCUGGCGGUGAAUGAAGACUGUGAGCUGAAGAUUUUGGACUUUGGGUUGGCGCGGCACACUGACGAUGAGAUGACUGGCUACGUGGCCACCCGCUGGUACCGUGCCCCAGAGAUUAUGUUGAACUGGAUGCAUUACAAUAUGACAGUGGAUAUUUGGUCAGUGGGGUGUAUAAUGGCAGAACUCCUCACUGCAAGAACUCUGUUUCCUGGUACUGACCAUAUAAACCAGCUUCAGCAGAUAAUGCGUCUGACAGGAACGCCCCCAGCAUCUCUAGUCAACAGGAUGCCCAGCGCUGAGGCCAGGAACUACAUCAGCUCCUUGCCACAAAUGCCCAAGAGGAACUUUGCUGACGUGUUCAUUGGUGCCAACCCACAAGCUGUGGACCUUCUGGAGAAAAUGUUGGUUCUGGACACUGACAAGAGGAUAACAGCUGCGGAGGCUCUGGCUCACCCCUACUUCGCUCAGUACCACGACCCAGAUGACGAGCCCGAGGCCGAGCCGUACGACCAGAGCUUUGAGAGCCGCGAGCUGGAGAUUGAAGAGUGGAAACGAUUAACCUACGAGGAGUUGUGUAGUUUUGAGCCACCUAUCUUUGACGAGGAUGACAUGGAGUAACGAGACGUGCUACCCACAUCGACCCCAGCCUCCAACAAUUCGAAACAACCUCGAACUUGUGCAUUAGUGUUCUCUCAGACACACUUGUAUCAGAGUGCCUACCAACGUUCGUCAGUCUUUAUUAACCGAGGAAGCAUUGUCCACGAUUAGCUCUUGUAAGGAGAUCAUUACCAGCGCAGGAGAAAAGGAAGAGUUUGACCAAUUAUCAUUAUUCUUAUUUAUGAACCACUAAUGUUGAUGGUCCGUUGCUGGGAAAUGUCACUUCUUGCCGGUAGCUGAAAUAAUUUUAUAUUCUUCAGAUUUUUAAAAAGAUUUAGACUUUGAUGACUCAUCACUGUGACACUGAGAUGCUGAAACGCCUGGACCUAUAGCUGUGCUAUUCUGUGUUUUAAAAUUUUCUAUUGAGUAACUUAUGAAUAAGCUUUUGUUGUCUAUCAGUUGAGAAAGGAUUACGCUAGUCUACCACUCACCCUGCCAAGCUGUCACAUAUAGCACUGGGUCGCAUGUAUUUGUAAAAUUACUUUUUUGAUUCAGCUAUCGCCAUGAUUGUUCCUAUAUUUAAAAAGUGAACUCUGAAGGGAUUCAUAUCUGUGACAGUAGUUUUUAGGUUUUUAGGUAUUUGUCAAUUUGAGAAUGUGCCUGUUCUGUGUAGUCGCUGACAUUUUUAGUGCUCAACAACUGAAUUUUUCACAUUUUAAUGUUUAUUUUGAUUUAUUUAGAUGCUCAGUGAGACUGUAUACAUUGUGGCUACACACAAAAAUCUGAGCCUCUGCUGUUUAAGGACAGUACUAUUCAACAAGGCACCUAAAUAGGAAAAAAAACAUUCAUUCGUACAUGCUCUGCUCAAAAAUAUGUAAAUAUCUGUGCCAUAUUUUUUUAAAUCUCUGACGUACUGUCGAUGUGUUAUGAAGCAAUCACUUUUUAGUAUGUUCAUCAGUUAAAGACUUUGUGUGCGUUUGUGAGAGUGUGUUGUUGGUUUACAGGAAUUUUAAGUGUCAUGCUAAAACCUCUAAUAGAAAUACUGCUUAAAUGUGUUUAAAGAGGGAUUUCAGAUGUAUUUAUACUUUGUGGAGGUGGUAUUUAUAAACAACAAUCGAAUGAUCCCUUAAACUAUUUUCAAUCCUGCAGAGUAACUACCAUCUUCAGUCCUUUGUUUAACAAAAUAAAGACUUAUUUUUAAGAGAA